GUGAUUGUCGCAGCUGGAAGUUGGCGUUGAGUCAGAGUCUCUGGGGUAAAUGGUCGGAGUCACAGUCCGGACUCUCCCGGGAUUAUAUAACCUCAUUCAGGCCGAGUAGCUGCCGCUGCUGCUCUCCGGGUCUUCUCGGAACCGACGGACCAAGGCGCCGCAGAGAUGAGUGAAAAGGAGGAGAAAAGCCCCGAUGACGUCAAGUACUUCAGACUGUCAGAGAUCGAGGCUCAGAACUCGUUCAAGUCCACUUGGAUCAUCAUCCACAACAAAGUCUACGAUGUGACCAAGUUUCUGGAUGAGCAUCCAGGGGGUGAGGAGGUGCUGAGGGAGCAGGCAGGAGGAAACGCCACUGAGAGCUUCGAGGACGUGGGCCACUCCACGGACGCCAGGGAGAUGGCCUCCAGCAUGGUGAUCGGGGAGCUGCACCCGGACGACCGGCACAAGAUCUCCAAACCUGUGCUGGUGGUCCAACCUGAUCAUCCCCGCUUUGGCAGCCGCCAUCGUGACUAUGAUGUACCGCAUCUACACUACAGGGAGCGAGUGACAUCAUGGUUGUUGUCAUCAGGUCGCUGUGAUGUCAGAGUCGGCGGUGUUCGCUGCCGUGGCUCCUGCCAGCGCAGAGCGAUGGUUCUAGAUCAGACCAACGGCAUGAUCUUCAACAUUCCCUCAGUGUCUCCUAGAAGCAGCAGCUCUACGCUCCUUCUCCACGACAGCCUUGAAUUAACCAAAUUUAACCAACCAAUCACAUGACAUUAUUGUAAAGUCCUAAAUGUCCAGAUGUUCAUCAGAAACCUCUUGAUCUGAAAUCUUGCAGAAAUGCAGUGGAUGUAUAAUUUGGGUAUUUUUAUAUCUUCAUAACUGAAUGUAAUUUCCUUCUUCUGAGUCAGCAGCUAACAGCGGUCACUCUGCAGUGAGUCCAGUUUGUCCACAUCGGUGCUGCAGAGCAGAACCUGAGGUGUCCACAUGAAGGGAAACCUCCACCUGCAGCUUGGACACCCAGAACCUUCUGACCAGUUUCUGCUUCCUCUGUGAAGAGAUCUGCACUAAAUAAAUCAUUUAAACACAA